AUGAAUUUAGAUACCGUACGAAGGCAGGCACAUCGCGUCGCGUCGCAACAUGGCGGCAACGGCGCAGCGAACUACAACCCAUUCGCCCGACAACGGUCUCGAGACGUUAACCUAGACGAAGAGAACGCAGUACACAGGACGCGAUCGGAAACCCAUGCUACACCCGCCAUCGAGGAGCAAAGACGGCUAGAGAGCAUGCAAGCAGGCAAAGAGUUCGGUAUGCCCGGCCACCACAACACCGAACCAUCUACGUCUUCUCCAACAUACGGAAGCGCGUCUACGACUAUCCCGGAGUCAACGGAGGAGAAGGAUAUGAUGUCCGAAACGAAUGGCGCGCACAAGGCUUCCGGCGACAGCACCAUUGCGCCUUCCAACCAAGAGGCCAACGUCGGCCCCACCCGUCGUGCCAAAUUCAAGGGCAUCUUCCGCAAAGACCACGAUGCACCAGAUGUUGCGGCAGAGGACCCGGAAGACGACGAACUUUCGCUAGAGGAACGCAAGAGGAAGGCUCACAAGAGGAAGAUACCAGUCGGCAAACAGAUCCGUUUCGUUCUUUUCGGUGCCUGGAUCAAUGUUCUCCUCAUCUUUGUGCCCAUCGGGUUUGCUGUUAGAUACGCACACCUGAAACCCGUCCCGGUUUUCGUCAUCAACUUCAUCGCCAUCAUCCCGCUCGCAGCCAUGCUCAGUAAUGCGACUGAAGAGCUGGCCAUCCGCGUUGGCGAGACUCUUGGUGGGCUGUUGAACGCUACCUUUGGCAACGCCGUCGAACUGAUCGUGUCCAUUCAAGCCCUGCUCAAAGACGAGAUCACUAUUGUCAAGACUUCACUCAUUGGCAGCAUGUUGUCGAAUUUGCUAUUGGUUUUGGGUAUGUCCUUCUUCCUGGGAGGAAUCAACCGCCUGGAACAGUUCUUCAACGUCACAGUUGCACAGACGGCGGCAUCGUUGCUUGCUCUCUGUGUUGCAUCGCUUAUCAUUCCGACUGUGUUCCACAACACCAUCGCCGAGGAUGACAGCACCGCGAACAAUGGUGCUGCCGAUGCUGUCAGGAACCAGGAAUUAUCACACGGCACGGCUGUUAUCCUCCUCUUGGUCUACGCUUGCUACCUUGCCUUCCAGCUAAAGACUCACGCUACCAUGUACAACGAGCCUAGCCAAAAGGUCCCUAAGCGCAAGUCUGGCAAGAAGGAGGAGGGCGAUGCUUCGCGCGGCAUCGCAGCUAUUGGCGCCGGUACCGCUGCAGCAUCCGGAGGCGGUGUCAACAUGAAGUCACUUUUCAAGAACCCCGACGGCUCAGAAGACGACGACGACGAAGAGGAGUUCGAAACACCCUCGCUCUCUGUUCUCGGCGCUCUCGUUACUCUCGCAAUUUCCACAACUCUUGUCGCUUUUUGCUCAGAGUUUAUGGUCGAAAGUAUUGAAGGUCUUACCGAUACCGGUAAAAUCUCUACUACCUUUGUCGGUCUUAUCUUGCUUCCCAUCGUUGGUAAUGCUGCCGAGCACGCCACCGCUGUCACUGUCGCCAUCAAGGACAAGAUGGAUCUGUCUAUCGGUGUUGCUGUUGGCUCCAGUAUGCAAAUUGCUCUUCUCGUCUUCCCGUUCAUCGUCAUCUUGGGAUGGAUCCUUGGCAAAGACUGCAUGACUCUGUACUUCGACAACUUCCAAAUCGUCACACUCUUCGUCUCGGUAUUGCUCGUCAACUACCUCAUCCAGGACGGCAAGUCACAUUGGCUCGAAGGCAUACUGCUCAUGGCCAGCUAUAUCAUCAUUGCACUGGCUGCCUGGUUCUACCCCGAAAUUUUGGAGAACCAGUGCUAG